CUUUUUUUUGUUUGCCUCGUGUAUGUCUUUGUCAUUUGCCGUUCCAUGUACGCUGCUGUCUUAAGAGCCCCUGGAUACGAUGAAGCUCCUGUGCGCACUCCUCGCUGCUUUGCUUGGCCUGGCCCUCGCUCAUGACAAUCAUGGCCCGCACAUUCCCAAAGCGCUGGGAGGCAGGAAGCUCUUGUCACGACUGGAGGCUCGGAAAAGGGCCAUGCCACGUGAACAUGCUGUUACUGGAAGGCAGUAUGGCCCAGCCAGUCCGCGAGGAAAGCUGGAGGCGCGGCAGGUUGGCCCUGACGACACGCGAUGCGGACCUGGCAGUGGGAGUUGCGCAUCUGGAUACUGUUGCUCUGCUGAAGGCUGGUGUGGGAAGGGCCAAGACUACUGCACCGCCCCUGACUGCCAGAUAGAUUACGGCCCGGGCUGUGACGCAAAUCAAAAACCCAGCGGUGCAGACACUUCCGGAAUCGCCCGGCCUAAACUAGGGAACGUCCUGUAUGGAGGAGCGGGCAUCUACGACUGCGUGAACAAAGGAGAUAUUGCUCUGACCUUUGACGACGGGCCCUAUAUAUACACCAAUGAUCUACUUGACAUUUUGAAGAGCUACGGAGCAAAAGCCACGUUCUUCAUCACUGGGACCAACCUCGGUAAGGGGAAGAUCAAUGACCCCUCAACCGUAUAUCCUGCCAUCAUCAGAAGAAUGCAUGCCGAAGGCCAUCAGAUAGCCAGCCAUACAUGGUCUCACCAGAAUGCCAGCCAGCUGACAAACACGCAAUUCACGAACCAGAUGGUCUGGAAUGAGAUUGCGCUCAACUCGAUUCUUGGAUUCUUCCCGACAUACAUGCGACCUCCGUACUCCAUCUGCGAGCGGAACUGUCAGACGGUCUUGUCACGUCUCGGCUACCACGCCAUCUACUUCGACCUCGACACAGAGGGCUAUCUGCACGAUUCCCGGACACAAAUCCAAACCAGCAAGGACAUCUGGGACGAGGCCGUUGACGGAUCCGACCCGGAGGAAGACAGCUUCCUGCAGAUCGAGCACGACAUCCACUACCAGACCGUGUACAACCUGACCGACUACGUCCUCACUUCUCUGUUCUCGAUGGGCUACCGGUCCGUGACCGUGGGGGAAUGCCUAGGCGACCCCGCGGCCAACUGGUAUCGCGCCGGUCCCAGCGGGAGCAUCUCCUCGGUCGUCCCUCCGGGUUCUAGCACCAGUGCUACUAGCAAGUCUGCGAGCACCCCGACGAGAACUACCGUCUCUGUUGCCCCAACACGCACGGGCGUGAGUACCAACGGCAGGUGCGGCAACGGCGUGACAUGCGCCGGUGCGCGAUUCGGACCCUGCUGUUCCGCCUUUGGCUACUGCGGCUCCGGCGACGACUACUGUUCGUUGGACAACGGCUGUCAGGCCGCAUGGGGAAGCUGUGAUGGUGAUGGGACGGACGGGACGACUACGGUGAUUGCCACCAGGUCUUCUACUAUCGUAAAGUCCACCAACUCCAAGUCCACGUCUUCCGCUCAGCCAACGCAAACCGGCGGCGGCGGUCUUGCGAUCAGUACCGACGGCCUCUGUGGGCCCGAAGUCAGGCAGACUUGCACGGGCAGCAUGUUUGGCAGAUGCUGCAGCUCAGAGGGCAAGUGCAGUUCGAACACGAUCUCCUGUCGGGCGAUUCUGGGCUGUCAGAAGGAUUAUGGCUCUUGCGUCUGAGCUUUUUGUGUGACUCGGAUGUCAAAAAGAAAAAGGGGGGUUGGGUUGGAGGAAGGGAUGGGUAGUAUAUGACGUUCGUUUGAAGAUUAGUAUGGUAGGUAGGAGAGAUUGUUUUGUGUACCAGUACCGAGUACGUAGGAAUUGAUGCAAGUCGCUCUGUCACGGGGA